AUGGCCGACAAGACCGCAGAGUCUUCUCUUCCCGAAGAGGCUACUACUCCCCAAGAAGCUAUUCCACAAGAAAAGCCCACCGUGGGUCCAUCUCCACCUCCCAACGGUGGAACGCUCGCAUGGCUUAAUGUCCUUGGCAGCUUUAUGCUGUACUUCAACACUUGGGGAAUCCUAAACACUUUUGGCGCCUAUCAAAACUACUAUGAAUCCGGUGCUCUCUUCCACGCCAGCUCGUCCGACAUCUCCUGGGUGGGAUCCAUUGCUGCUUUUUUGCUGAUGUUUGUGGGCAUUUUCGUCGGUCCCAUCUAUGACCGCGGCUAUCUUCGAACACUCCUUAUUGUGGGCUCCUUCAUGGUUGUUUUCGGACACAUGAUGUUGAGUUUGUGCUCCCAAUUCUGGCAAGUUGUGCUAGCGCAAGGCUUCGUCGUCGGAAUCGGAACAGGCUGCCUAUUCGUUCCAUGUGUCGCCAUUAUCCCUCAGUACUUCUCGACCAAGCUGGGUGCUGCAAUGGGCGCAGCUGUCUCGGGGUCCGCACUCGGCGGUGUCAUCUACCCCAUCGUUCUGUACCGACUCAUCAAUCAAAUCGGAUUCCCCUGGGCAGUUCGCGUCAUCGGAUUUAUUGCGCUCGGCACACUGUUGCUUCCACUCUCCAUCAUGCGUCUACGCGUUCAACCGCCCAAGGUCCGCGCCAUUAUCGAUCCCACCGCAUUCAAGGACCCGGUGUAUCUGGCUUUCGUGUUCACCUCACUCAUUGCGUACAUGGGCCUGUUCGUCAUUCUGUUUUACUUGUCCUUCUUUGCUGAGGCAACUGGAAUCACGGACAACAGUCUGGCCUUCUACUUGGUGCCCAUCUUCAACGCAGCUUCGGUCUUCGGUCGUACAAUCCCGAACAAGCUGGCCGACCGCUUCGGCCCCUUUAACCUUCUCAUUCCCGCUGCCCUAUCCUCGGGUCUGUUGAUGUUCUGCAUGAUAGCAGUGCAUUCAAAGGGUGCAGUCAUCGCCAUGGCUGUGCUGUCCGGCUUUAUGAGUGGUGCAUUGAUCGGGCUGCCACCUAUGUGUCUGGCUAUUCUGACGGUGGACAAGUCGAAGAUAGGUACACGUAUUGGUAUGGGAUAUGCAAUCAUAGCACUUGGUGUGCUGGUCGGAGGUCCCGGUGGCGGCGCAAUUCUCAGGCAGAGUGGUGCAUCACUUGAUUGGCAAGGUUUGUGGGUGUUUGGUGGUGUUCCGACCUGCGUGUCAGGACUAUGCUACAUGGCGAUUCGGGUCUACAAGUAUGGCCCAAAACUGAAUAUCAAGGCUUGA